AAGGAGACCAGAGAACCUCAGUCAGCUUUAAACUCUCUGAAACAUGAUUCAAGACGUAAGAAAACAUUCAGCUGCUCCGAGUGUGGGAAAAGAUUUAGCACCAGGAGAAAUCUAAAUAGACACAUGAGAACUCACACAGGAGAAAAACCUUUCAGCUGCUCUGAGUGUGGGAGAAGAUUUGGCCACAAGCAACAUCUGAAGAGACACAUGAUAACUCACACAGGAGAAAAACCUUUCAGCUGCUCAGUGUGUAAGAACACUUUUACCCAGAGUGGAAGUUUAAGGAAGCACAUGGUAACUCACACAGGAGAGAAAUCUUUCAGCUGCUCUGAGUGUGGGAGAAGAUUUGGCCAAAGGGGACAUCUGAAGAGACACUUGAUAACUCAUACAGGAGAAAAAGCUUUCAGCUGCCCAGUCUGUAAGAAAUCCUUGGCGAAUAGGGGAAGUGUAAAGGCACACAUGAGAAUCCACACAGGGGAGGAACCAUUUAGCUGCUCUGAGUGUGGAAAACGAUUUAGUCAAAAGUCAAAUCUGAAGACUCACAUGAGAACUCAUACAGGAGAAAAACCUUUCAGCUGCUCAGUCUGUAAGAAAUCUUUUAGACGGAGUGGCCAUUUAAAAUAUCACAUGAAACAACACACAAGAGAGGAACCAUCUACUUCCUGUGUUGGUGACAUCAGAACGCAGUAGGAGUGGAGCUCCAGUGUGGACCUAGCCUGGA